CAUCCCCAAGGCCUCCCUGGAUCCCCUUCCCAGCAUCCCCAAGGCCUCCCUGGAUCCCCUUCCCAGCAUCCCCAAGGCCUCCUUGGACCACCCUCCCAGCACCACUCUGACACCACUAGACCAUUUCCCCAGCACCACACAGGCCAGCCUGAACACUUUCCCCAGCAUCCCCUAGACGUCCCUGGACCACUCUUCCAGAAUCCCCAAGGCCCACCUGGACCACUUCCCCAGCAUCCCCUAGCCCUCCCCAUAUCACUUUCCCAGCAUCCUCAAGGCCCACCUGGAUCACUUCCCCAGAAUCUCUCUCACCUCCCUGGACCACUCUCCCAGCAUCUCCAAGGCCCACCUGAACCAUUUCCCCAGCAUCCCCCUGACCUUGCUGGACCACUUUUCCAGCAUCCCCCAGGCCCACCUGACCCAUUCCUCCAGCAUCCCCAAGGCCUCCCUGGACCAUUUUCCCAGCAUCACCUACAACAGCCUGAGCCACUUUCCCAGCACCCCCCAGGGCAGCCUGGGCCACUUUCCCAGCAUCACCUAGAACAGCCUGGGCCACUUUCCCAGCAUCCUCCAGGGCAGCCAGGCUUGUUUUUUCCCCAGCAUGCCCCAGAGAUGCCCGCCACCAUGGUGGACGAGCCCUCGCAGCAGGCCGCCGGCCGGCAUGUGCUCUUCGCCGAUGCCUUGGGCCUGCCCUUGGCACGCUGGCGGCGCUACCAGCCGUGGCCCCCGCCGUCGCCCGACUCGCCCCCCGAAGUGGUGCCCACCUUGGCCAACUUCCCGCCCUCCUCCUCCGCCACCCCUUACCUGAUGCCCUCCUUCGUGCUGCAGCCCAUGGGACAAGGCGAGGAUGAGAGGCUCCAGCGCCUGCAGGAGACCAAGGUGGAGCUGGAAGAGGUGUUGCCCCCUGAACCCGGAGAGCCUCGGGUGCUGCGUGGCACAGUACGGGUCCUCAACGUUUCCUAUCAGAAGGCGGUGCAUGUGCGGGCCAGCCGGGACCGGUGGCAAAGCCACCGAGACUACCCUGCCCUCUACAUCCCAGAGGGCUCUCCGGAUGGGGGGCUGACUGACCGCUUUGCCUUCCGCCUGGACUUCGGAGACGAAGACGAAGGCGACAAGGAAGAAGAGGGCGCCCGGCUCGAUUUUGUGGUGCGUUACCAGACCGAAGACGGCAUCUACUGGGCUAACAACCAAGGCAGGAAUUACAGCGUGGUCUUGAAGGGGGCAGUGCCAUCUCAAUGUCUUCCCAAGAGGUCUGGGAAAGAAGUGGAAUCACGCCGACUCAAGAGCUGUAUGCGGCCUGUCAAAACCAGGCCAGGUGAGAAUGAGCUGCGAGUAGAAGACAACGCCCAGUCUGUCUGUACUGAAGAAUGGGACCCCGAAAGAGACCUGGCUUGUGAAUUUCCAAAUCCUCCAGCAGUGCAGCCCCAAGCUUUUAUGACACAGAUUCCAGAACUCACAAUCACCACCAACUCUCCAGAAAAGAAGGAGCCUUCCAAAGACCAUCUUGUGGAUCUCAGUGACUCCUCACUUAAUUUCAAGAUCCAUCCGACAUGCCACGAGGAGCUGAAAGUGCCAUCGGGCUUGAUGCUGGGAACUGAUCCCCAUCUUUUGGGGCAGUUGGAUGUGCCUGAGUACAGCAGGGGUGAUAUCACCACAGAGGGCUCUUUCAUGGAGGAGUGUAUGGAGGACCAGUUGAGAAGAUACCAAGAGUUACCCUAUCGCUUAGAAGAAGACGCCAUUGACCGGGAACUGGAGCAGCUUUACCUGUCCCAUUUGAGUCGGCUCCGGGCAGAGGAGCUUGGAGGAAGAGGAGAGUGGGCUGAGGAGGGCGCAGGCAACCCCAGCAGCCCUACACCAUCUCUUAUUGCCUUGAGGCAGAGCGUCUUAACUGACCGUGACCUGAUAGUCAACUGGACAGGCCCUGAGAGAGCACUCAACAGCUCCCUGGCAGAGGAAAUCACAUUGCACUAUGCCAAGCAGCGGGGCGAUGACUCCAGAGACAGUGAAGAGGAGGGAUUUGCACCAGGGUAUACAACACUGGCACCACCCGAGUUUAUGGGACCAGGCCGUGAGAGUCCACCAGCCUUACUAGAAGGCUGCUUCCUAAAUCAUUUGGAAGAGGGAAGUGUCCAGCAAAGCCCCGCUAAGGUCUCUGACUCAUUUGCCAGCCUGAGGGUGGUGCCACCCAACAGCUUAUGGCCAGCCACUCAGGAGGCCACGGUGAUGCCUCUGGUAGUUCCAGCCCGGACAAUAGUGCCCUUACCAAAGCGGCCCACCGACCUGCCAUCCAGCCCUCUUGGUGCUCAUGGACAGACCAAGAGCCCGGGCUUCUUGAUAGGGCAAGGCAGCCUCUGGCUGGGGGAGGGACUUCAUGUCCACCAAGCCCCCAAAACCAAUCCCAGUUCUCAUAGUGAACUUGAAAAGAUCUUGACACGCUCCCUGCGGUUCCUCAGCCUCUUCGUCUUCCUGCCCGUGGUCUUCAGCAGCUGCAUGCCCCUGGUGGCCGUUACACUUUACCUCCUCCUGGAUUGGUUCUCAUAGUUUGGUAGCCCUCUUGGAGGUGUCAAAGGGUCCACAAGGGGACCUUCAGUAGCUUGGCUCCAUCCCCAUUUCUUCUGAACAAACAUGGUUUGAAUGAAUAAGAGAGAGAGAGAGAGAGAGAGAGAGAGAGGACAAGUCAAACCCUCCAGGGAAAUAUAAAUCUAAGUUACCGCUGCUCAAAAUUUUCCAAAGUCUAGUGCACUUUUGUUUUGUUUUGUUUUUGGGUGAAACCACCCAGUGUGAGAACUGGAUGAUUAGGGGGCAAAAAUCAUUAUUUAUGAGUUGGCUCUAAAGAUAACAAAAUUGGGCAUUAGCCAGCAUCCCUCUCGUGUGCCCCCAUGAGUGACCAAGAGUCCACUGCUUCAACAGCACUCCCAUUCUCACUUUGCACAAAUCACCCAAGAAAGUCAGAGGCAGUGUGGACAUUUCUUGGGCUGCCUUUCCCUGCAGCUUAUGGGGGUCAACUAAGGAUGCCUUGUCUGAGGGCCACCCCACAAAUCAUAGAGCCGGCACCAUGUGAUAUGUUUCUGACUUUUGUCUGGUAUAAGUUUUGUAGCUGGCUUCUGUUGUGGGGAAAGCAUUACAUUUUUCUCCCUUAAAAUCAGACUUCCAUGUGGGGGUUUAGUAGGUGCUAAUCUGAUUGUUUCAGUCUUCUUUUCUCAUGUAUAGCUUUCAGAGGCCGAAAGUCUAACUGAAGUGUGUUUCCUUUCAAAGUGAGUCACAUUGAUGUAUUUCUAAUUUAGGACCGACUGAUCAGAAAAUUUCUGAAAAAUACCAUAUUCAUAUACUGACAAACAAAUGCACAUAUUUUAAGGGAAAUGUAUACAGGUAUACUUGUGUACAGCGAGCCCUUGGCUUCUGCUGAGGUUUGGUUUCAGGACCCAUGUUGGACACUAAAAUGCAUGGAUGCUCAAGUCCCAUUAUAUACAAUAGCAUUGUAAAAUGAUGUCCCUUAUAUAAAAUGGCAAACAGCAAGGUUUGCUUUAUAGAAUUAAAAAAAAUCCCCAAGCAAUGGAUGGUUCAGUCCAUGGAUGCAGAAUCCAUGGAUAUAGAGGGCCAAUUGUUUUUAAGAUGUGCACUCUGAGUAAAUUUUGGCCUGUUACCUGUUGUGAAGAAGUAAAAGGAAACACAUUUUUAAAGGGAUAAUAUUAGGCUAUUUUAAAAUGUUAACCAAUAAAUCAAACACUGACCUUUUUUUAAGAAAGGUAAUUUAAAAUUAUCCAUUUGGGGAAAAAAUGUUUUUUAAGUGAAAAGUUUUUUAUGAAGAUAGACUGCACCCAUUCUGUACAUGGAGUGUCUAAUGGAACUAGAUUCCUAGGCAGGCUAGAGUUUUGAGGAGCCAUCAGGUAAUAUCCCAAGAGGCCCUGCUGGAUGUGACAAAGGUCACUGGUAAUUGGUUAACUGGUAUACUAAGCUCAGUUUCUGUCCUGCUGUCCUCAAAGGCUUAGGGCACGUAAUAAAACCUUUAAGAAUAAAAUGUAGUGUUCAUAGCAAAAAACAAAAAAUAAGAAACUGAAUUAAAGCUAAUCCACUCCCACUUAACCCUAAACCAUAAAGGAGACUUUUCCAGUCCUUCUGGAAAUCAGUCAAGCUCAGAUUUGAACAUAAUUUGCCAAUGUGCUAGCCAAUGAACAUGGUCACAUGUCAUGAGAAGCUAUGGUUUGCGUUAACCAUAAUUUGUCACUUAAAUCACAAAUUAUACAGCAGACCACAGAACAAACCUUGGCUUGCCUUUGCUGUUUGUCCCUUUUAUCAACCCUGGUUUCAACACAAGCAUAUGGGAAAACAAACAAGGACCAUGCCACAUGUUGUGAGUUCAGGCAUCACAACAAGCCAUGGUUUAAAUAAACCAUAGUUUAUAAGCAAACAACAAACCAUUGUUUAAGAUUAUGGUUUGUAGCUUUUACCAGCAAAGGUGGGUCACACAUCACAACAAACAGAUUUUAGGGAAGCUCACCAAGGCUUAUAAUGACAUGCAGAUGUAAUUUUAGUAGUGGUUUCAUGUAAAAAUAACAGGAGAAUGUAAAACCUGACCCCCACCAAAAAAAGAAAAUUUAAGAGUUUGUCCUUGAGUGCCAGUUAUCCAGCAGGACAUUCUAAGCAAGCUCAAUAAGAUUAAGGACAGCUGCACAAGUACAGCAUAUUCAGUACACUGUAGUGUUUUUGGAAAGCUGCUCUGAUUCUAGUGAGGUUUUUGCAGGCAAGAAUUUCUUUUGUUUGUAUCCUCAGUUCCCCUAAUUUUGUGCUAACUUAAUGAAACAAGCAAAGAGAAAGAUGCUUCCCAUUCCCAAAAGGGUAGUGACAUCUCCAGUUUUCUUUCCAUCAAGUGUCUUCAAAAUCCAGCCACACCUAUUCUAGAUGGUCUCAAAGGUGAUGCGCCCAAGUUCCACUCAUGCCACAAUCCUGCGUCUGCAUCCCAGCCGCUCCGUGAGAAAGCCUUCAGACUUUCGCCUCUGCCCCAAGGACUGCUUUCUCCUCAUGGAUCCACCCAUGCUUCUCAGCCACCAGCAAGGCCUGACAUAGAGAACUCCAGGAAAGCUCCCCCCAACAGAUGGCCCUGUAUUUAUUUUUGUACCUGGUGGGAAGGCCUGACCUUUUCUACUAUAGAACUCACCCCAAGAUAGAGAGAUUUUAUUUAUUAACCACUAGGGGUACAGACCCAGACUGGCGGGCUCCAUGGAAGAUGAAAAUAAUUUAUUACUCAGUAUCUGUGUGUGUGCGUGCGUGCGUGCGUGCGUGCGUUGUCUGCAGCGAAAAGAGUAGACUGGAAACAUCUUGUCUUCAUGUGCAAUAGGCUGAAGUGGCAUUGAACUCGCCAUAAAAAGACAACCUACCCACUCCCCAUGCUGCUAAACAUGCUUUUGUUAACUUCCUCUUGAAUGUUGUGCUGUCAACGGCUGCUGUGAUCAUAGUUGAUAAGGCCUUAUGGAGGAAGAGGGAGGUGUCUGUGUGAGUCCUGAGGCCACUUCCCUCUGUUGAUCCAAACACGGCCCUGGUUUCCCCAUCCAAGGAUGAAUGCUUUUAUCUUAGGAAUGUAGGGGGUUGGAAGGUGGAAUGUUGCUUGCGCUUCCUGAACGGACAUUGAAAUCCAGGCCUGAUUUCACAAUUGUCAGUGGAGAAAACCUGUAUUUGCCGAACAGAAGCUGAGAUGAGAAUGUAACUAGCAAUCACAGCUUAUGGGUGUUUGUGUGUGUGCGCGUGUGUGUGUGUGUGUGCAUGCGCACACAUGUAUGUAUGUGAACAUACUUUGUUGUUUUGUUCCAUGAUUAUGGUCUUUGUCCUUUCAUCACAGUUUCCUCUUUUGCCUUAGUCAACUUGUCUGACCCACAUCUUCCCUUGCAGAGACUAGUUUCUUGUGCAAAUGUGCCUGAAACCACCUGCUCCAUCUCACAGCAGUCUUGGAAAUCUUUUUUUUGAUACAGAGAAGACUGGCUGCACAAUGUGUUGGUUGGUAACAGUCCACACAUGUGCGAGAUCAUUGGGCAAAGGCAGUGUGAGGACAGGUUGAGGUAGCUGACAUGGAUAACUUGGGGCCUGUACAGACAGGCAAAAAUAAAGCUGCUUCAGGUCACUUUGGAGGCAUGCGGUUUAAUGACACAUGCAUCUUAAGAGGCCAAAAGCUGCACUCCAGUCCUCGGGACAGGAGCAUGGCUUUGGUGUGGCUUCUGGCCUCUUAGAACGCAUGCAUAAUUUAAGUAGAAAGCAGCUUUAUUUUGGCCUGUCUGUAUGGGCUCUUGAUGUCUUGGGUGACAUUAAGGACCGUAGCAUUGGCGAAGAUAUCAGAGCUCUAUCCUAAGUACUCUCUACUUGGGUAGUUCUUCUGCACAAACUGUCCUGGAAUGAGCAAGAGCUGAAGAAAAGCAUUCCUUUACUUCCCACAGCUCCGGCUUGUGUCCAUGCAAUUUAUAGAAGGGAGACGUUCUCUUUGAAACAUCCCUCCUGUCAUUUAGUACAUGUUUAGUACACCAAAUUUCCCUCUUACAAUGCCACACUGCCUGGUCUGUUUGUUUUGUUAAAACGAUUUUUAGGAUUACUUUUUCUUUGGACUAUUUCAGACUGCAGGGAGUCAGGCUCAUAGCACUGCUUAACCAAACAAUGUCCCUGUGCAUAAAAAAAUAGUAUGUUUUGGAUAAGGCUGGACUACAGCCCUUCUUUCUUAUAUGUAUAUUUGCAAUUAUAUUUAAUUACUGAGACUGUCAGGGAAAUGCUUUCAACAUUCCUCUAAAGCAGCGGUUCCAAGUCUUUGGUCCUCCAGAUAUUUUGGACUUCAUUUCCCAGAAUUCUUGACUGCUGGCCAAGCUUGCUAGUGGCUCUGGGAGUUCAAAACAUAUGGAGGACCAAAGUUUGGGAAUCGCUGCUCUAAAGCAUCGACAUGUCAAGUUGUUAGUUACUCUUGGCUCUAAAGUUUUUGUAACUUUCUUUACAAAGUGAAACAAAUUUGCAUUUCUUUGACCUCUGGACUGAUUGGAAAUGGCCACUGUAAAUUGUUCAUUUUCACCCCCAACAUAAUCUAUUUAAGACCAAAGUGUGGUUUGCUUAGACACUUUUGUGACUGAUUUGUCCUUCCGAUUUGUGCUGAUAUUUCCUGCUGGGGUGGCAAAAUAUCAAGCACAUCCAUCCACUGAGAUUGCAAAUGGCUCUGUGCAUACAAAAUGCACAGGGGAGGAUUUUGUUGUUGUGUUCAAGCUAGCAGUUGGUGUGAGUUCCAGUGUCAACUGGUGAUUCUCAUGUCAGUGUGUGCAGCGAUUCCACUCUGACCUUUAGUCCAAACUUUGAAGGAGUCAUCCAAAGUGGUAAAACCCAUUUGUGGGAUAGCUUUCAGCACAUUGGAUAGCUCCUUUAUAAUUUGGACUAAAAUGCAAAGUGGGUUCACUGCUCCACUAGACAUGGGAGCCACCACUUGGUCCAGAGAACUAGUUUGCUAGGAACAGACUCAAGUGAGAAAAAAUGGCUACAUGGAUUGGUUAAGCGCAAGUGGUGGACUUAUGAAUAGGUUCUCACAGGUAGACAAGACCCUGAGCCUGAAUUUUCAGAAUAAACCUUGUUAGAAUUGUCAUAGCUACACCUAAUCGGUGAUAAAGCUCCAGCAUUCUGCCGUCAGCUCUGGGUUGAAAUUAGAUUUCCAUUUGAGAGAGCCUUAUUUUCUUAAAAGCUUAAAAGAUAUUCCUCAGCUGGGGACUUGUGCCGUGGAAACAAAUCUGAGUAGGGUAAACAGUGUAGACAGUGGCUGGAAGUCUUUCCCCUCAUUCUUGUUGCCCUUUGUCACUAGCUGUGAGGUAAAGGAUAAGAUGGAACAUGUGGUUUCAGAGGCGCAUGUGUGCGUGUGUGUUGGUAUAUGUAUGUAUGUAUGUACACACAUCAUCUGAGCUGUGCCUGCAUUGAAAGCACUAAUAAAACAUCCUGACCACAGCAUUUGUGUUCUUGAACAUUUGGCUGGGGUAUGUGUGUGCAGU